AUGAUCAAUAACAAAUACGCCAUGCGGAACCUGUUGAGCACAAAACGCUCCACGGGGAUGGUGGUGCUCUCAACCUGGGCCGUAUUCGCUUUCCUCUUCUACAUCUUCUUCUACCCCCACAGCCAGGAGGGUCUAAUCUCCAGCAUCACAAGGAAGCUCGACAAGGCGGGCACGGCGCACGCCGGGAGGCAAAAGGAGCUGCAACAGAACAAGGAGAAGGGCGAGGAGGCGCUCCGGCUUGCGGCAUCCAACUCGACGCUCGGUCUGCACUCGAUCCAGUUCCUGAACCUGCCGCAUCGGCACGACCGCUUCGACGCGGCCGCCAUCCAGUCCCUGCUGUCCGGCGUCGACCUCACCAACUUCCCCGCCGUCACGUACGACGACCUCAAGGACCAGGGCCUGCCCCCCACCAGCAGGCCGGGCCAGCUCAAAAAGGGCGAGAUCGGCUGCUGGCGCGCCCACGCAAACGUCUGGCAGUACCAGGUGCAGAAGCGCAUCCCCGCCCUGCUCAUCCUCGAGUCCGACGCCGCCUGGGACGUCAACCUCCGACAGCAGAUGGGCGUCCUGAACAAGCCGUUCCGCGAGCUGCUGGUCCAGGACAACCCGGACGUCCUCCGGCAGCCCGCCACGACCCCCGACCAGACGUCAUCAGGGGCGCAACAGACCAUCAACGAAACCCGAACCCACGCCAAAGACCUGGCCGCCGGCGCCGCCGACAAUGGCCUUGCGGCCAAGCGCGCGGCCCUCGACAACCAUUACGUCGACGAGCUGCCGGUCGACCCCGAGGAUCCCUGGGCGGCGCGGACGGGGCUGUGGGACAUCCUGACCAUCGGGCACUGCUUCGACACGCGCGACACCUCAUCGACGUCCUUCCGCGUGUACGACGACCCGUGGGGCCCGAACAACGGGUUCAUGUUCAACGAAAUCGGGAUGAACGGCCCGCUGGAGCGGCAGCGGGUGGUGUUCAGGGCGGCGGGCAUGGUGUGCACGACGGGCUACAUCAUCAGCCUGCGCGGCGCGGCCAAGCUCCUGGUCCGGACCAACUUCAACCUCGACCAGCCCGUGGACCUGAUCAUGAACGACAUGGCCAGGGCCGGCGAGCUGGUCGUCUACAGCGUGCAGCAGCGCAUCGUCGUGCAGUGGACCUACCGCAACGGGCUCGGCAUGAACGAGCGCGGCGCCCAGAGCGACAUACACAACCAAAAGGCCGACGGCAAGUGGGACAUGAGCGGCUGGGACACGGCCUGGAAGACAAAGGACGUCUAUGACUACAAGUGGUCCUAUGAAAACUCUGGCUUUGAGAACUUUGCCCUCCAGAAGGCUUGGGAUUUGACGUGGAACGACUGGGACAACCUGCGCCGUUCGACUUGA